UCUUACCUUCUUAGAACCCAGGGGACCAUGGGUGCCUCCAGGCUCUAUACCUUGGUACUGGUGCUGCAGCCUCAGCGAGUUCUCCUGGGCAUGAAGAAGCGAGGCUUCGGGGCCGGCCGUUGGAAUGGCUUCGGGGGCAAAGUGCAGGAAGGAGAGACCAUCGAGGAAGGGGCCAAAAGGGAGCUGCAGGAGGAGAGUGGUCUGACGGUGGACACACUGCACAAGGCGGGCCAGAUCGUGUUUGAGUUCGUAGGUGAGCCUGAGGUGAUGGACGUGCACGUCUUCCGUACAGACAGCGUCCAGGGGACGCCCGUGGAGAGUGACGAAAUGCGCCCGCAGUGGUUCCAGCUGGACCAAAUCCCCUUCGGGGACAUGUGGCCGGAUGACAGCUACUGGUUUCCACUCUUGCUUCAGAAGAAGAAAUUCCUCGGGUACUUCAAGUUCCGGGGUCAAGACACCAUCCUGGACUAUACACUGCGCGAGGUGGACACAGUCGAGCUGGAGGCUCAGGUGGCCCCUCUGAGUGGGAGACUUGGCUGCUGAGCAAGCUGUGCGUGUUCACCCAGGCGCGGUGAGCCAGUCAGGCCUGCUUCUUUGUUUGGGAUGUGGUUAGGCGGAAAGGGAAAUAAAGGUCUUUUACGUUUUUAGCCAUA